CCACUCGAGUGCGCAUUCAUUUUGUUACAGAAACCGUCGGGAACGGUUGUGUGUCCUAUUAAUAAUAUAAUUCAAGUUCGUCAGAAAUAACCAUGUACGUUGGCACAGAAAUCUUACUAUUCACAUUCAUUACGAUGGCACAGUGUUUGAAUAUAGAUUUUGGACGUCAUCACAAAACGCUUAAUAACAGUUUAAUUGUGAAACAUAAUGACAUGUGUGAAUCUGGUGACUCGGUUUACAUUAAACAGUUUAAGUGUGACGGUGAAUAUCAAUGGAGACGUUGGGACCUUAGACAAUGGAAAAGACGUCGUCGAAUGUCUAAUUUUUUAUUUAAUAGAACUGAUGAGUAUCGAGAGAUGGAAACCUCAGCAGAUAACGAGCAUUUAAAUUUCGGCUACAAACAUGUAGCUGAUCCCAUAAUCAGUAUAUUUGAAAAGCGCUGGCCAAUACACCUGUGGCGGCAGUACAGCUUAUUUUCGGACGAUUUCUUGCUGUUGAUCAACACUCAUUGGCUGCAGUUCCCACCACCUCGUGCGGUCCUGCAAUAUUCUUUAGCAAUUACCUACGUCGUGUUAGUAACCAUCGGAUGUUUUGGAAACUUCUUUGUGAUGUUCAUGUACCAUAGAUGUCGAACUCUACGAACUCCUGGAAACAUUCUGGUGGCAAAUCUAGCUCUCAGCGAUUUCAUGAUGCUUGCCAAGACACCGAUCUUCAUUUUCAACUCUUUCAACCUUGGACCAGCACUUGGAAAACCUGGGUGCGUAAUUUACGGAUUUAUCGGUGGUUUGACGGGUACCACAUCGAUCGCCACACUUUCAGCCAUAGCAAUGGAUCGCUACUGGGCUGUUGUUCGACCUUUAGAACCUCUUCGAGCUCUGACAGUCAUCCGCGCGCGACUACUGGCUGUUGGUUCAUGGAUAUACGCUUGUUUUUUCGCGAUAAUCCCAGCGUUAGAUAUCGGGUGUGGACAUUAUGUCCCAGAAGGCUUUUUAACCAGCUGCAGUUUCGAUUAUCUUACUGAAGAAUUAGCAUCACGAUAUUUCAUAUUUAUAUUUUUCUGUGCAGCAUGGUUAUUACCCUUCUGCACGAUAUCAUUUUGUUAUAUAAGCAUAUUCCGAGUAGUUGUUUGUAAUAGAAAUAUUACAACACAAAACCAAGAACAAAGACUUUCAUCAAAACAUGUAAAAGAACGUACAAAACGCAAAGCUGAAAUCAAACUUGCCUUUUUAGUUAUGGCAGUCAUCGUUCUUUUUUUUGUUUCUUGGACUCCAUAUGCAAUUGUUGCAUUGUUAGGGAUUUUUGGUAAAAAAGAUCUUAUCAAACCAUUGACAUCAAUGAUACCUGCUUUGUUUUGUAAGACAGCUGCGUGUAUAAAUCCAUUUAUUUAUAUAAUAACACAUCCAACAUUUCGUAAAGAAUUUAAGAAACUAUUGUUUAGAGAUAAAUCUAAACGCAUGAGAGGAACAAUGAAGACUAUAGGCUACUCAUACGAGGCACAUAGAGCUCACCGACUUAGUAAAGAUUUAAGCGAAACUGAAGUAGAGAUACUUGAAAUGAAAGACAUCCCUUACCAAAAUGAGAUUUUUUAUAAUAAACCUACUGGAAAAUUAGCUACUAUUUCAUCCAGAGUGACCCAACGUGAAGAUUCCCAAAGAAGUAUAAGUAUGAAAAGUUUAGAGGAAACAGUUGUAAGCCCACCGUCAUGGUAUUGCAAACCGCAAUUUGUUAAAAAAAAGAGUUUCCAUCGAAGUUCUUCACGCAGUGUUGUUUCCCAAAACACCGAUCCAGCUGUUUAAUAUAAUUCAGAUGUAACAUUUCUACAAAUAUUAAAUACGCUACAACUCCAAAGGUACUCUACUCGAAAA